AUGGCAAGUGAGAAGAUAAAAAACAAGAAGAUAGACAACCUCAAGGCAAGGGAAGUGAAUUUCUCCAAGAGAAGGCAAGGGCUUAUCAAGAAAGCUCAAGAGCUUUCUGUUCUUUGCGGCGCUGAAGUUGCUCUCAUCAUUUUCUCGCCUACUGGGAAGCUAUUUGAGUUUGCUAGCUCCAGAUAUAGUACUUUGCACUCCAACAAUCUCAGCAAAUUGGACCAGCCUUCUCUUCAACUUCAGGAACCUGUGGGGGGUUUGCAGAUGGAGACACUGUUUAAAGGAAAAGCAGUUGUUGUGGUUGGGGAAGAAGGCAUGCCAUCGGAACCUGUCACAGAUAAUGUUUGCAGCUGCACUCCAUUGGAGGAUGAAACAGGUCUCAAGUCAGGCCUUUCACUUCACUUCGCUGAAGCAGAUGAGAAGAGAAGAGGCAAUUUGAAUAAAUAG